AUGGUAUACUCUGAUGGCUUCGAACUGGACUGCGUGCCCCAGGGAAAGGGAACUAAGGAGGUCAUGCUGUUCUGGGUCCAGUGCCGGCUGAGGGACUACAAGACGAUCAAGGUGGAGAACUUCUCCACCAGCUGGGCUGACGGCAUGGCCUUCUGCGCGCUCAUCCAUCACUUCUUCCCGGACGCCUUCGACUUCAACAAGCUCGACCCGAGGAACCGGCGCUACAACUUCGACCUAGCCUUCAGGACGGCCGAUCAGCGGGCGGGCAUUUUUCCGCUGCUGGACGCCGACGACAUGGUCUCCAUGGAGAAGCCCGACUGGAAGAGCGUGUUCGCCUACAUCCAGUCCAUCUACGCCGUGCUGAAGUAG